UGCACAGUUCAACAUGAAACAAGUAGUUAUCUUGUUACUUUUGGUGUUGAAAGACUGUGAUGGCGAAAUUGUCAAACGUUUUGUCAACGAACAAAACAACACCACUGACGACUCUCUACAAGUUAACGUUAGCGCAGGUUACGGCAUUCACUCGGAAAAUAGCACCUUCACAACAGUUUUCCCAGUAUACAGAUUUCAAGAACGCAAAGGUCAAAAAGAAAAUGACACCGGUCCACACAUACACCCAGAUCAAAUUUCUCAGCCAAGUCAAACUGUUAAAGAAGUCCUUCCAUCACCGGUGUAUCAAGUGCACGAAAAGAGUCCAGAGGUACAAGAAAAAAAUUUUCAUGUGGCUAAAGUUCAUAGACAUCGUGCGGUAGACAAAAGAAUCCGACACAAGACAGAAAUGCGCAAACCUGUUAACGAUAUGGAGCAUAAACCGGUGGUUAGACAAGACCCCAAAUUGGCGUCGGGUACAAGAAUUGUUGAGGUGUUGAGAGUUCCCGCUAUGUACGAACUGCGUCUGCAAUCCGAUCCGCAAAGGCUGGCUGCACUUAACACCGCAUGGUUGACCAAGUUGAUGAACCAAAACCACUUUAAACGUCCGGCGCUUCAGCCAGCCCCACAGAUGAAUCCAGGAAAAAAUUUUGCUUUACAACCUCAAGCAAGUUCAGUGAUUAGUUAUGCACAACCACCCGCUGGAAAUAGCAUUCCGCACCAAAGAGUGGGCGGCCUUUUUCAAAGUUUGAAAUCAAAAUAUGUUAGUCCGAAAGUUACUGGUUACCAGCAAAGUGCAAGUUCGUAUGGGGUCAACCAACAUAAGUCAACGUUGCACCCUGUAACGCAGGUGCAAAGUCUUGGAGGGUACAAACAUAAUUAUCAGCGCCCACAAAAUUAUCAAAGUAGCUAUCAAAGCAGCUACCAAAGUCAGAACACUGCAACUUCAGGUGGUGAAAGUUCUCUCAAAAAACCGACGCAGGAAACGUCAACUCAAGCUCCUCUAAAUUAUCAUCACUUGAGUAAAGAGAUACCAUCGGAUUAUUAUCAAAAACCUCAAGCUCUUCACGAAGUACCAGCUCCGGUGUUGAAUAAGCAUUCCUACAAGCAAGUUUCUUCACCUAAAGUCCAACCAACGGCAGUACCCAGUUUGGUUUAUGGUAAACCAAUAGAUCCUCCUAGUCAAUUCUCAACUCAAUCUCCUGUUCCAGCUUCUGGUUCAUGGAGUCUCCAAGAUCAAACUAAUCUGAAUAGUUUCCAACAAAAUAAUAAUUAUCAGUACAACCAAGCACCAGUCGAUCCUAUUCCUAAUUACUACCAACAAUCACACUACGACAACCUAAAUAGCAUCGGACAAGAAAGUCUUGCUAGUCACCACCAACCUCAAUAUCAAAACAAGAACACAUACGAUUCCCACGGUUAUCAAGGCUACAGGAAUGUCCAAACCUACUACAAUGAUGCAAUAGGCGACUCUUUGGAUCAAAGUUUGUCAAAUGUUAACGGAGGAGUGGCAACUUAUUUGAACCAUGAUGGUACUAUGACAGUUUCAAACUUCCAUCAUAACCCACAGUUGUAUCGUCCUCCUGUGGACUACGAAAUUCCGGUUUCUGAGAAUACAAAUUUGGAAAAUGGGGGACACGAUUUUAACAUGAUGGGGUAUCAAAAUCAGAACAACGAUUUAACUGACUUUGAUAAUCAAAUGUACCCAGGAUACAGCCAAGAGAUUCCAGUGACCGAAAAUCAAAUCGAAACUGCUGACAAUCAAGGAUAUGAUCAAGGAUAUGGGUUGCAAAAUCAUGCGGAUCUUAGCAAUUUACUUUUAGCUACAGCGCGGUCAGGCGUCGAAGAAGGACCAUCCCAGAAAUAUGAAGCAGUAAAUAAUUAUGGAAGGAAAUAUAUGGCGAAAAGGUUAUACCAAAAACCGUUUAGCCCCAUCAAGAGGAACUCCGCACCCGUGGAAUAUAUUCUUUUUGUAAAAGAGAGAAAAUUUGGUUAAUUUGAUACUGUUAUUUGAACUGUACAUAACGCUAGUUUAAUAAAUUAUUUAUUAAUUUCAGCUCCAUUGAAUGAGCA